GAAUAACAAUAGUAACUAAUUACAUAUGAAUAAUCGGAAUUUUAUGAUUAUGAUUCAAGCUUAUAAAAAAUCAAGCUACUCCGACACUAGGGUAUUUCAAUUUGAAAAACUCUGCAGAUACCAUUCAGACUUUGUGCUGUUUAGACUUAACCCUUAUCAUACUUUUAACUUAUCAAACUUUAUUUUAUAAGAAGGAAGGACAACGUUAUUUAUUGAAGUUAAAGAAGGAGUGCCUUGUAAUAAAUUGUAAAAUAAUUGAAGAAGAAAGGAUUGCGUUCAUAUUGCAUUUAAGGAAAGGAUUAAGCCAUUGCAUUUAAAGAAAUAAUUGCAUUUUUACUGCAUUAGAAGUAAGAAAUGUGAUGCAAAAUAAUUACAUUUAAUGUAAGGAACAUUGAAUUUAAAACAAACAAUAAAAUGCAUUGGUUUAAAGAGAAGAAGUGGAUUUGGAUCCUUGAAUGUGUCACAAUUUUUGUAUUAAAAACAGUCCUUACCAGCAAGUUCACUCAGUUUACUCUCUCGUCGAGUAAUGCACGGUAUAGUGAUACUUUAGUGCAACAUUUAAACACUGGCAUAAUACAAUGUGUGAUAGUAUGUAAUGGUGUGGAUGACUGUACCUCUGUAAACCACAAUGCGGACACGGGCGUUUGCGAACUAACAACAUUCGUUCCUGGGGUAGUGACACCUUCAACAGUAGCCGAAUCUAACUGGAACAUUUAUUAUGAUGAUCGUUUUGUUCCUGCUGUUGACGCGUGGCAGCAAUCUACAUACGUCUACAAGUAUGGACCACUUGCAGCAAGCUUUGCAAUAGAUGGCAAACGCGACAUCAUCAUUAAGGGGGAGGAUGAAAAAUACUGUGCUCAUACUAAAAGUAGCUAUUCGUAUUGGGGAAUGGAAUAUGAGCGUUUUGCAGAAGUGUCCCAUGUUAUCAUCUUUUUUUAG